AUGAGCAGCUGAUGACCAAGCACCCGUCCAAGCGUCUAGGCUGCGGCCUCGAAGGAGAGAGGGACAUUAGAGAACACGCUUUCUUUAGACGUAUCGACUGGGAACGCCUGCAGAACAGGGAAAUACAGCCGCCCUUCAAGCCCAAAGUGUGUGGCAAAGGAGCGGAAAACUUCGACAAGUUCUUUACACGCACCCAGCCUCAGCUCACACCGCCAGACGAGCUGGUUAUUGCCAACAUCGACCAGGCCGAAUUUGCUGGGUUCUCCUUCGUCAACCCACAGUUUGUACACCCGUUGCUCAACGACAGUGAAUGAAAAGCAGGAGGAAACUUCGCUGCAGAACCUCCUUACUCACUGCCACCAUCUUAACAUCUGACCACGACGUGAUCAAGGCCCAUAAAACGCUUCUAUAUGUUGGUUUUUAUUCAUAAGCAGCAUUAUAGGGUAUGCAUCUUUGUUCUGUACAAUAUCUUUUCUGUAUAGAUUAGAUCAAUAUGAACAUUUCUUGGUCACUUCAAGACAUAACUCCCUUUAGUUUUAUUAAGACACAUGUAAUGUAGAAAUUAUUUCCUUUUUAAUCUCUAUAAUUUGUACUGAAGAGCUAUUCUAGCAGAAAGCAUUGAGACAGAAAGGUGCCAGAUUUUGAAUAUCUGCACCGGAAUAUAUUAGAUUACAAAAAUAUAUGAAUUCAUGCCAAUAUAUAAUAUAUGAAAUUGAUUAGCAUACUAAUAUUAAUGGAUUAAGUAGUUCUAGGAAAGAAAUACAAUGUGGUUGCAAAUAUCAGUGGAUAAACAAUCAUUAUCUACAGAUUUAGUUGUUGGAUCAUAGUUUGCUUCAGCAUAGACAAUUAACAAAAUACACGUUUUAUAAUGUCUUGAAAAGCCAUCGUAGACAUUAACAGCCAAAUAGAAAGGACAGGCGGUGCAGGCAUUGAAAUAGCACCUUGUGAUUCAAUGUUUGUUGUAUAAUGUUUACAGUUUUUUCCCCAUAUUUUACAAGGAUGGUGUCAGAUUCUGUCUUAGUAGAAAUGAUCCUAUAUAAUGAUCCGUUUUCGAUGUGUGUAGCAGAUCAACAAAAAAAUGAAGAGUUAAUAGAAUUGAAAAUGUGCAGCCUGUAGAAUGCAUAUAUGUGAGUUAGAUAGGUAUUAGAAUAUGUCAGGAUUAGACCCAACUUGACAAACUUAGCCUAUCUUAACUGUUGUUAUCCUAUUUUGCCUGGUUUUAUAAUACCCACGUACCUGUUUCCUAGCCCUUCCUUGAGCUGCAGAUUGUAAUUUCCCUUUGUUUAUCAAUUUGUGCCCACCAUGUGGACACCAUAAACAGUGGUCAUAUUAGUGGCAGACUAUUCUUUUGUCUACCUUUAAAAAAUGAAACCUAUAAAGUUUACAGAAUGUCAUGUUUUGACAACGCUCAGUGUUAACCACUGUGUCUGUCCCACUCUAUAAUAUACCCAAAAUGACAAAGCCUAUACAUUGAUCAUAAAGGUCUUAACAGAAACAAUACGGCAUUUCCAUACUGUGUUUCAAUUCAUUUUUUUUUACCAUAACGUCAGCUGGUGUCAUUGUUUAUUCACCUUCCAGCAUUGAAGAGCAGAGUUAAUACAUUUGUCAUGCUUCUUGGGUACAGACGAUGCAACUCAGAAAUACUUUUGCAGAAAGUAACAUUUCUUAUGACUCUUUGUUGGCCUGAGAUUAAACUCUUUUGUUGAGGAGUGCGUCAACAUAAUCAUUAUUAGCAGAAUCUCUUUUUGUGGUUUUUUUUUUUUUUUUGCAUCCCUGUUUUUGUUCCUUUAAUUUUUUACAUUAAAAUAGAUUAGUUUCUACUCUCUUCCUUCUCAUACAUAUUUUUCCAUUAGAACAGAAAUAUUUUAAUGUAUCAAAUCAGUGUAUAACAACUCCUUUGUAAAUAAUCAUGAGUUAUUUAAAAAGAGCAUAGCAAGUUACAGUUUUUAUACCAACACCUGAAUGUGCUUUUAUUACAUCAAUUAGAUAAUCCAAUAUUUGUAUGUGUAAAAAAAAAAAAAAAAAAAGAAAAAAAAAAGAAAAAAAAAA